AGCACUGAGGACCGGCGGCGCGCGCUCUCACACUCCCCACAGUCCCAGCUACACACAUACACACACACACACACAUCCACAUCCACACAGAUACGCUCACUCACACUCCCCAAACAAAGAGAAGCACGCGAGGCAGGCAGGCAGAGCAUCCCACCCUUUCAGUCGCGAGCUCACAGUGCAGAACCCCCACCCCCCCAUAGUCAGACCCGGUCCAGGCUCGAGCGCGGAGAACCGACCAUGUCGACUAACGGCGCUGCUAACGGAACCAGCGACAUGCUGCAGAUCCAGUUCGGCCUGAUCAACUGCGGCAACAAAUACCUGACGGCCGAGACGUUCGGCUUCAAAAUCAACGCGUCCGCCACGAGCAUGAAGAAGAAACAGAUCUGGACCCUCGAGCAGAGCGGCGACGAGGCCAACGGGAACGUCUUCUGCCUCAAGUCACAUCUGGGCCGGUACAUCGCCGCGGACAAGGACGGGAACGUCACCGGAGACAGCGAGAGCCCCGGGCCCGAGUGCCGGUUCGUCAUCACCGCCCAUGACGACGGCCGCUGGUCGCUGCAGUCCGAGCAGCACGGGCGCUACCUGGGCGGCACCGAGGACCGGAUCAUCUGCUUCGCCCAGACCGCCUCGGUGGCCGAGAAGUGGAGCGUGCACAUCGCCAUGCACCCGCAGGUCAACAUCUUCAGCCUGACGCGCAAGCGGUACGCGCACCUGAGCUCCAAGGUGGACGAGAUCGCCAUCGACCGGGACGUCCCGUGGGGGGUGGACUCCAUGAUCACGCUGGUGUUCCGCGAGCAGCGCUACCACCUGCAGACCUCCGACAACCGGUUCCUGAUGAACGACGGGAGCCUCGUGGCCAAGACGGACAAGAGCACGGGCUACACGCUGGAGUUCCGAUCCGGGAAGGUGGCGUUCAGGGACUGUAGCGGGAAGUACCUCGCGCCCUCCGGCCCGUCCGGUACCAUGAAGUCCGGCAAGAGCGCGCGCGUGGGCAAGGAUGAGCUGUUCGUGCUGGAGCAGAGCCACCCGCAAGUCGUGCUCACCGCGGCCAACGAGAGGAACGUGUCCACCCGACAAGGCAUGGACCUGUCAGCCAAUCAGGACGAGGAAGGGGACCAGGAGGUGUUCCAGGUGGAGAUGUGCCGCGAGAACAGGAAGUGCGCGUUCCGAACCGCCGCCGGGAAAUACUGGACCCUCACUGCCAACGGUGGACUGCAGUGCACCGCCUCCACCAAGUCGGCUAAUUGCUACUUUGACAUCGAGUGGCGUGAGAAGCGUCUGACUCUCCGGGCCGCCAACGGGAAGUACGUCGCCGCCAAGAAAAACGGCCAGCUCGCCGCCACCAUCGACACCGCAGGUGAGUCCGAGGAGUUCAUCAUGAAGCUGAUCAACCGCCCCAUCAUCGUGCUGCGCGGCGAGCACGGCUUCAUCGGCUGCAGGAAGGUGACCGGGACGCUGGACUCCAACCGCUCCUCCUACGACUACUUCACCCUGGAGUUCAGAGACGGGGCCUACAGCCUGCAAGACUCGACAGGUAAAUACUGGAUGGUGGGCAACGAGCAGUCGGUGGUGAGCAGCAGCGACGCGCCCGUCGACUUCCUCUUCGAGUUCUGCGACUACAACAAGCUGGCCGUGCGCCACGCCGCCGACGGCAAGUACCUCCGCGGCGACCACGCCGGCGUGCUCAAGGCCAACGCCGACGACCUGGAGACGGCCACGCUCUGGGAGUACUGAGGGAGGAGGAGGAGGACGACGCCACGGCGACGGGACGUGGUCGCUGCUGCCGGCGGCGCGGGACAGCAGCGCCACCCGUCCAUGCAUCUACCUAUUACCACCCCUCACUCCGUAAAAAAAAAAAAAAAAAAAAAAAGCUUGGCAUCCCCCUCCCUUCCCCGCCUUUAUAUUAUCUCUUACUUAUGACUUUUAUGUUGAUGAACUGCACAGUGAGAGGAGGAAGGCGGGGCGGAGAGAGAGAAGACCCGUUCUUCUCCUCUUCCCCUUCCUGUCCUUCAUCUCUCCUUCCUUCCUUCUCAUCCCACCCCUCCCCUUUCCAGCUCUGCUCUGCAGUGCCGACCUUUUUCUUUAUCUGUUGCCAUAGUUACCGUGGGGCUGUGCACUUUCUCCUGCUCCGAUCUGGUUUGCUGCUCAACCCGCCACUCACUCCUCUCCGAGCCUUACGAUCCCCCCUCCCCUCCCCUCCACCCCCUCACUCGGCCGCCCGUCCCCUCUCCCCAGAGCAGAGCAGAGCCACCUUAAAGAGCCCCUCCUCUCUGAACGAACCCCCCACCUCGUCCCUCUUAUUAGUCUCUCUCUAUUGUCUGUGUGAGCAGCACAUGGUGGCAGUAUUUAUGGUGUCUGACCUGGUCUGGUAGAUCUGUUUCCUACCUGGCCUAAAAUCUUCUAAAACAGAUUCUCUACUGGAUCAAAAAAAUCUAGUGUUACUGGAUCUAGCUGGGCUGAAAUAAAGGGAAACCUCGUCUUGUGGGUCUGUUUCUGUGAGAUAGGGUCACGUAGAAUUUUUUUUUUUUUUUAAUGUUGUCUGGAAGUACAGCUCUCUAUCACGCCAGGCCUCGUAUGUUUGUUUCUGGAGCAGGCCUCUCUCCGUCGCCUCUCUCUGUGUGAUGAUAAUGUGAUAUAACUGGAGUGGAUCUGCUGAUAAUGAUGAUGAUGAUGAUGAUAAAGAUAUCGAAGAUGAUGUAACUGACGGGUUUGACCCCCCACCUCCCUUCCUCUUCGUCUCAACUGUAAGGUAUUCAGUUGUGAACCAGUUUCCUGUGUCGUUCUCUGGGUGUGUUCUCACCGGUCGGCAGGGCGAGGCUGAAUUCCCGGAGCAAGCGGGAUGUAGGAAGUAAAAUGGGGAAGAAUUCGCUCUGCCACCUUUUUCCCCUGCACAAACUAAAAAAUAUUAUUUCCCCCAAAACAAGCAAGAAAAGAAUCAUUUAAAAAAAAAAAAGUAUUGCGCAGUCACAUAUGUUUACUGCACUCUCCUGUCUUACUGGAAGAAACACACGGACACACGAGUCGCAUUCCUUUCUUUUUCUAUAUCCAAGGCACAGACAUUAUCAUGGGUAGGCGUAGGUAGCCAUAGCAACUGGAGUCGAUUCUUUUUGAAAGCUGCUUUUUCGAGCCCCCCCCCUUGUAAGCGUAAACGUAAGCCUCACCUAUGGCCUGAUCUAAGCCCUUUGAUACUGGACCGACAAACUGUCCUCUCGUCGCCUCAGCGCGGCCCAAAACUGGAAAGCGGUGCUCUUCACUAAGUACCUCGCAGCAUCUCCAACGCCGCGUUGCGCGCGCGUCUCCUCGCCCCCGCGCAACGUGAGCUGCGCCUCUGCCCCUGCACUCGGAGAGGCCCGCCAUAACCGAGAGACCGGAAGAGUGACCCAUUUACCUAAAUCUGCUUCUUCUCCGUCUUUAAUCCCCCCUCCCCAUCUGCACUGACGCGGCUGAACUUUGAGCGAUGCCGUGACCGCCUCUGUAAUCUCAAUCCUCUCUAUUGGAUUUUGAUGAUCCGGACUCAUCAGUGCAGGUGGGCGCGGGGGGGGGAAAGCCGAGAAGAACAUGACUUUAGAGCGUUCGCCGAUGCACGUUCCGCUAAACGUCUCGUCCGAAGAGGUGACAGUCGUCUGCAAACGGGGAAGUUUUUGUCUGUGAUGCCAAUCUCAGUCGUGUAGCACAUAAUGCGCCCGAGGGUCCUGACCUCAGCUCGAUGUUAACCCGCCCGCUCGCUCAGAUGACCGGCCAUGGCCAUGACCCCGGCUGGUCGAUUCUCUACCCUUCAGCGGCCGCGGUGUCCUGAGACGCAUCUCUCAGCAGCGAUGAUCUCUGCGCAUUGAUUUCUCAACACCGCAGAGAUCAUCUCCGCGCCGAGAUGCUUGAGGAUCCGGGUCUUAAAUGAAAUGGGUUCUUCAUCCAUCAUCCACCGAGCGCUCCCUUGACGUGGAGAUCAAUAUGGAAAGCCAAUCGUUUCAGUGCUGUUAAUGCGGCUGACGUUCACAGCCAGUGCCUCAUCAGGUCCAAAUUAUUUCCGACUGACCGUUUCUAGCCAAGAAGGGUCGAGAAUCACAAGCGGGUAAGGCGAGCGGUUCUCGGUGCGUCCGAGGUCACCGAGGUCUCGACAAACGGGCGUUGGAAGGGUAAACAUGUGGUAAUGACUGUGCCUUACUCUGAGUUUAUGGGCAGUAGGAAAAUAAAAGAAGAAAAAAAUAAAUAAAUGAUUUAAAAAAAAAAAAAAGUCCACAUCUUUGCUUUGUACAACUGGAACUUCCUUUUGUAUUAUUAUUUUGUAUAAUUUUUUGAUAUCGUGAUUUAAUCUUCCUCUCGUGCCAUUGGUUCACCUGAAAUCCAACGACCAAUAAAACUGGGAUUUGGAACACUA